ACGCCGUGGUUAUGUGCGCGGUCGCGGUGGCGGCUCUUGUGCUGUACCGCCAUCGAGCCAACAUGGUGCGCUUGCAAGCGGGCCGCGAGCGCCGCAUCCGGCAGCGGGCCUGAAUUUCGAGAUGGCAGACGUGUCGAUGCAACGCAUUGCCGUGCUGGGAGGCGGCGCGUGGGGGACCGCGCUGGCCGUCCACCUCGCGCGCCUGGGCCGGGACGUGACGUUGUGGGCCAGGGAUGGGGCGCUGGUCGCGGAGAUGGCGGCGGCCCGCGAGAACCGCACCUACCUGCCCGGCGUCGAGAUGCCGGCAACGUUGCAUCCAACAACCGAUCUGGGCGGGCGCUGCAUGCUGCGGCAUGCGUCGUGUCCGCGAUCCCGUCGCACGGCACUCGCGAUGUGAUCCGGCGGGCUCGCGGGUUGCUGCCGCCCGAAGCGACAGUUGUCAGCGCUACCAAGGGGCUGGAGGUCGAGACGCUCCUGCGCGUUUCGGAGGUUAUCGAGGACGAGUUGGGCAGCGACCGGCCGAUUGCCGUGUUGUCGGGACCGAGCUUCGCGGCCGAGUUGGCGCGUGGCGCGCCGACCGCCGUUGCGGUGGCCGGCAACUGCGAGGCAACGGUUGCGGCGGUGCAGCGGGAAUUCCGGUCGGGCUAUUUUCGACUGUACGCAACUCAGGAUCUGGUGGGUGUCGAGAUUGGCGGCGCGAUGAAGAACGUCAUCGCGAUCGCGGCCGGCGCGGUGGAGUCGCUCGGGCUCGGCGACAACUGCCCGUCGGCGUUGAUCACCCGCGGUCUGGCGGAGAUUUCCCGGCUCGCUUCGGCACUGGGAGGGCAGCGGGAGACGCUGGCCGGACUCAGCGGUCUGGGCGAUCUCGUGCUGACCUGUACCGGUCAGCUCAGCCGCAACCGCUCGGUCGGGAUUGAACUCGGCAAGGGGCGACCGCUGGAGGAAAUUCUCGGCAAGAUGCGGGCGGUGGCCGAGGGGGUCCGCACAACCGAGGCCGCGUUGGCGCUCGGUGGUCGCCACGGUGUCGAGCUGCCGAUAACGGCGCAGAUGGCCGACGUGCUCGCCGGGCAGAAGACGCCGCGCGUAGCUGUGGAGGAGUUGAUGCUGCGCCGCCAGCGGUCGGAGGUGGAAGUGGAAUGA